AUGGCAACUUUUCCAGGAAAGGCACGAGGACAGCUUGCUUUUGAUGAAUAUGGGAGGCCUUUCAUAAUUUUGAGGGACCAAGAGAAAAAGAAGCGUUUGUGUGGCAUAGAGGCUCACAAAUCACACAUCAUGGCUGCAAAAACAGUUGCAGGAACCCUACGAACGUCGUUAGGCCCAAAGGGUUUAGACAAGUUGCUUGUAAGUCCUGAUGGAGAUGUUACCGUUACAAAUGAUGGCCGAACCAUUCUCGAGAAAAUGGAUGUAGAACAUGAAAUAGCGAAGUUACUGGUUCAGCUGAGUAGAUCACAAGAUGAUGAAAUAGGCGACGGCACUACAGGUGUCGUUGUCCUAGCUGGUGCACUUUUGGAACAAGCUGAACAGUUACUUGACAAAGGACUCCAUCCAAUUCGAAUAGCAGAUGGCUACGAGCUCGCCGCAAAGCAUUGCUUAUCUGUCCUGGACAGAAUCAGUGUUAAGUUCGAGUUUUCUACUGAGGACAGAGAACCUCUUAUCAAAACUGCUAUGACAACUCUAGGAUCAAAAAUUGUCAACCGUUGUCAGAGAAUGUUUGCCGAAAUGGCUGUUGAGGCUGUCUUAUCGGUUGCUGAUUUGGAACGUCGUGAUGUGGAUUUUGAACUCAUCAAAGUGGAAGGAAAAGUUGGUGGCCGUCUUGAAGAUUCCUUAUUGGUCAAAGGCGUGAUUGUCGACAAAGAUUUCUCCCACCCACAAAUGCCCAGGUCGGUGGAAAAUGCAAGAAUAGCCAUUCUUACAUGUCCUUUCGAACCACCGAAACCCAAGACAAAGCACAAUUUGUUUGUUAGUUCUACUGAGGAUUAUAACAAGCUGAGAGAUUAUGAACAAAAGAAAUUUGAGGAGAUGGUGAAAAGGGUUAAAGAUACUGGCGCUAAUUUGGUUAUUUGUCAAUGGGGUUUCGAUGAUGAAGCCAACCAUUUGUUAUUGCGUGAGAAACUACCUGCUGUCCGAUGGGUUGGUGGUCCUGAAAUAGAACUGAUUGCAAUUGCUACAGGAGGCAGAAUAGUACCUCGAUUCGAAGAACUGACCAAAGAGAAACUUGGGAAGGCUGGUAUAGUGCGUGAGCUAUCAUUUGGUACCACUAAGGAACGCAUGCUCGUGAUUGAACAGUGUGAAAACUCAAAAGCAGUAACAUGUUUCCUGCGUGGCAGUUCUCGGAUGAUUGUAGACGAAUCAAAACGUUCUUUACAUGAUGCUCUUUGUGUUGUUCGCAAUUUGGUUCGCGAUUCUCGAGUUAUCGCCGGUGGUGGCGCCUCUGAAAUUGCAUGUGCCUUAGCAGUCGCAGCUGAAGCUGAUAAAGUCGAAGGUCUUGAACAGUAUGCAAUGAGAGCGUUCGCUGACGCUUUAGAAUCAAUCCCAAUGGCACUUGCUGAAAAUUCAGGCUUAUCACCAAUUGUUACAGUUGCUGAAUUGAAAGCACGACAACUCUCUGAGAAUAAUUCCCAUCUUGGAGUAGAUUGUAUGAAUGUUGGUACAUGCGAUAUGUACAAACAAAAUGUUCUCGAAACCUUGAGCUCCAAACGUGCACAAAUUAUGCUAGCUGUUCAACUGUGUAAGAUGAUAUUGAAAAUCGAUGAUAUUCGUGUUUCUGUUGAGGAAUUUUAA